UAUAUAUAUAUAUAUAAAAUUUUGAGACAUAAAUUUAAAUUUCUCACUUACUCAAAAUUACAACCUACAUAUACAAUUUCAAGAAAACCCGCCACAAUCGGCGGUCGCCUAGUCCAGCCGAAGCCACAGAUCCCCCCUCUUUAUCGGAUAUCUCAGCUGCCCAAGCACCGCAAGAAGCCAAGUUAGGGUUUUUGAUUCUGACUAGUUCAUGGCGAUGCAUGCAGGGAUGGGGCUUUCUAAAGUUGCGCUUUUGAUAGGGGCUGGAUACACUGGCUCAAUCCUCGUGCGCAACGGCAAGCUUUCUGAUAUCUUAGCCGAGCUUCAGACUUUGUUGAAGUCCACCGAGGGUUCUGAUUCAGAUUCUGCGGAUUCUGUUGCUCAACAGGUCAGCAGACUGGCCAUGGAGAUUCGACAACUUGCUUCAGCACGUUCAAUUACUGUUGUGAAUGGAGGUUCAGGGCAAGGAAAUGUCACAUCUUUUUUGGUGCCGGCUGCAACAUUGGGGGCUGUAGGCUAUGGCUAUAUGUGGUGGAAGGGCCUUUCUUUCUCUGAUCUUAUGUAUGUUACUAAGCAUAGCAUGGCAAAUGCUGUUUCAAGCAUGACAAAGCAUCUGGAGCAAGUCUCAAAUGCUCUUGCUGCAACCAAGAGGCAUUUAACACAGCGGAUUGAGGGCCUAGAUGGAAAAUUGGAUGAACAGAAAUUGAUGUCAAAAGAUAUAAGAGAUGAGGUUACACAGGUUCGUGGAAAGCUUGAGAACAUUGGCUUUGACUUGAGCUCUAUCCAACAAAUUGUUUACAGUAUGGAUGGGAAGAUGAAUACAAUUGAAAGGAAGCAGGCCUUUCUAUGUGCUGGUAUUCAUCACCUCUGUAACACUUUUCCUGAUAAAGAGGGGAAACUGCUCGAGUUUUUGCAGGAAGGUCCAAAGCUGAUCAGUAACAUGCGUGGUUGCAUAGGAUCCGCAGAAUCUGCAAAUUCAAAGGGCCUGAAACACAUUGUACAAGCUCUGGAAUCAGGAAAUCUUGACAACGCCAAUUUGGAAGGAUUAUUGCCAAAUGAUACAUAUUCAUUGGAGGCUGGGAAGGGUUUAUCAAGGACUGCUUCGAUCAACUGCUGAUUUCUUUGUUCAGUUAAAUUUCUGGUAUGAAGCCAAACUAAAAGUAAAAAAGGAUUGUUAUAUAGUCGAGCAAGGACUUCUACUCUCCCGAAUAAAAGACAUGGACCGAGAAUGCCCCAAACUAUAACUAUGUAUGGCUUUGUAACUAAGUUCAUUUUGUUGUUUGAGGAUAUAUAUAUAUAUAUAUACUCGUAUAUAUAUACUCGUAUUUCCUCGUCCCCAAAAAUAGUAUAGUUUCUACAGAUUACGAACGCGAGCAUGCUGGCCAUGGUAUCAUGCACUCCUGCCAUCCUUAUAAAAUUAGGCCUUUAUCCUUAUGCA